AUGGCAUGGUUACGCGGGAAGGUCGCGUUAGGGAGCUUCCCGGAUUUAGCUGGAGCCGUUAACAAGAUUAGUGAGAGCGUGAAGAACAUUGAGAAGAAUUUUGACAAUGCUUUAGGUUUUGAAGACCAGCCUGGUGGUGCUUCUACUUCCAUCAAUGAAGCUUCACACUACUGGUCUCCCGAGUUAAUGGCCUUCACGGGACAGACAGAUGGAAAAGGCAUUGCUGCUGAGGCUUCCAAAAAACAUGAAUCUUCUAAAAAACACGAAUCUUCAGAAAAACAUGAAUCUUCAAAGGAAAAGGAAGGGGCUGGUGCUGAUGAUUCAACUAACACUACCGGACAGAAAGAUGGAAAAGGCAUUGCCGAGUCUUCCAAAACACUGGAAUCUUCAGAAAAACAUGAAUUUUCAAGUCACCCAUCGUUUUCACAAGAAAAGGAAGGGGCUGAUGCUGAUGAUUUAACUAACACUACCGAGGAACAUUCCUCCCCUGUUAGGGAAUCAAGCGAAGAAACUUUGAAGCCUGAAGAACAUCAUGUGUUUUCUAAAGAAAAGGAAGGAUAUGAUGCUGAAGAUUCAACCAAAUCCAACGAGGCACAUUUCCCACAUGUCACAGAAGCAAGUGUAAAAACUCUAAAGCCUGAAGAACAUCAAGCUCACGCUGUGCAAAUGAACAUUACAAUUCCGGAGGAAACAGAUAACAGUGCUGAAAAACCCGUAGAUAUAUAUGCAGAAAAUAUUGCUGAAAAACCUGUAGAAACUAAUAUCGCAAUAUCUCAUGAGGCAACUGCUGUUGCUGACAAUCACAUUGAAGCCGAAGCUGAUUCACAAGCAAAACCAAGUGCUGAUGAUGCCGAGGAAUCAAAGUUUUUGGGCCGUGAGGAAAACUCAGAAAUUGAUUCUGUAAAAAAUUAUGGAUCAGUAGAAGAUGAGUCUACAAAUUCUGUAGACCAAGUUUCAACCACUUCCCCGGAGCUAAAUGAAAAGAAUGCUGCUCCUGAUAUGCAGAAGAGUGACCAUGAACUAAAUAUGCAAGAUAAAAUGACCACACAGGAAGAUUCUGCAGUUGAAGCAGUGGAUUCAUCAUAUGAGGAUCAAUCUGCAAACGAGUCAGAGCCACUUGGACCUCAAUAUCCUGUAUCUGAAGUGGAUGAAAGUGUCGAAGAAUGCCAACCACAUUUGUUGCCAAGUUCAGAUGAUGCUUCUAAGAUGGUUCUUGAAGUAGCUUCUAAGGAUAACAAUGACAAUGCUAAAGUUCAUCUAGUAAACCAGCUUGCUGGUGAUGAUCAGAGAAGUAAUUUGUCUGGCAAUGCAGAUUUGAAGAUUGAAUUGGAGACGUUGAAGAAGGAGAUGAAAAAGAUGGAAACUGCACUUCUAGGAGCUGCUAGACAAGCUCAGGUAAAAGCUGAUGAAAUUGCAAAGCUGAUGAAUGAGAAUGAGCAGCUGAAAUCUAUAAUUGAGGAUCAGAGGAGAAAAUCAAAUGACGCUGAAAUUGAAUCUCUACGAGAAGAAUAUCAUCAAAGAGUUUCGACUCUUGAAAGAAAGGUUUAUGCUCUUAUGAGGGAAAGGGAUACACUACGUAGAGAGCAAAAUAAGAUGAAUGAUGCCAAUGCUCUUUUAAAGGAAAAAGAUGAGAUAAUCACUCAAGUUAUGGCAGAAGGUGAAGAGCUUUCAAAGAAACAAGCCGUUCAAGAAUCUACAAUUAGGAGACUACGGGCACAGAUUAGAGAGUUUGAAGAAGAGAAGAAAGGAUUGAUAACCAAGCUGCAGGUUGAAGAGAACAAAGUGGAGAGUAUAACCAGGGACAAGGCAGCUACGGAGAAGCUUCUGCAAGAAUCAAUAGAGAAAAACCAUGCUGAAGUUGCAGCAUUAAAAGAGUACUAUACGAAUGCACUGACUGCAGCCAAGGAGGCAAAAGCACUAGCAGAGGCACGAGCAAACGAUGAAGCCAGAACAGAACUAGAGGGCCACUUAAGGGAGGCUGAGGAGCGAGAAGCUAUGCUAGUUCAAACUCUGGAAGAAUUGAGGCAAAUGCUGAGUAGAAAGGAGCAGCAGGCAGUUUUAAGAGAAGAUAUGCUAAGGAGAGACAUCGAUGACCUCCAAAAACGACAUCAAGCAAGUGAGCGUAGAUGUGAAGAGCUGGUUAUGCAAGUUCCUGAAUCUACUAGGCCUCUUUUGAGGCAGAUCGCGGCUAUGCAGGAAGCAACCGCUACAAAGGCAGAAGCUUGGGCUGCUGUGGAGAGAUCUCUAAACAUUCGACUUCAGGAAGCAGAGGCCAAAGCUGCAGCUGCAGAGGAAAGAGAACAUUCUGUUAGUGAACGGUUAUCCCAAACAUUAUCUCGAAUAAAUGUUCUUGAAGCUCAGAUAUCAUGUUUGAGAGCUGAGCAAACCCAACUAACCAGGUCUCUUGAGAAGGAAAGACACAGAGCAUCUGAAAGUAGGCAGGACUACCUGGCUCUAAAAGAGGAAGCUGAUACUCAUAAAGGUCAUGCAAAUCAACUCAAAGAAGAGAUGAGGGAACUCAAGAGGAAACAUAAGCACGAGCUGCACGAAGCAUUGGCACAACGCGAACUUCUCCAGCAGGAAAUUGAACGUGAAAAAGCUGCACGUUUGGAACUACAAAAGACAGCCCGCCCUCAGCUUUCUCCUGUUUCUGGACAAAGUUCCAUACCCAAACCCAAGUCUCCCUCUGAGAAUGGACUGACUCGCAGACUUUCAAGUGCGAGCAGUUUAAGUAGUAUGGAGGAAAGUUUCUAUCUUCAGGCAUCUUUAGACUCCUCUAAUACCUUCUCCGAAAGAAGUCUCAGAGAGCCUACCAUAACCCCGUAUUAUCUAAAGAGCAUGACCCCGAGUGCUUUUGCAGCUGCGCUACGUCAAAAGGAGGGUGAACUUGCAUCUUAUAUGUCUAGAUUGGCAUCCAUGGAAGCCAUUCGCGACUCUCUUUCAGAGGAGUUGGUUAAAAUGACUGAAGAGUGUGAAAAACUACGAUCCGAAGUGGCUCUGCUGCCUAGCAUUAAGGCCGAGCUAGAAGCAUUAAGAGUCAGGCACUCGGCUGCACUAGAGUUGAUGGGUGAACGGGAUGAAGAGCUUGAAGAACUUCGUGCGGAUAUUGUGGACGUGAAGGAAAUGUACAGAGAACAAGUGAACAUGCUUGUAAAUAAGAUCCAGAUGUUUUCAUCUACCGGUGCCUAA